AUGACACCGGGAGAGGCACAACAUGGUCGCGACGAGGAAGAGGCCACCGAGUCUGCCUCUCUGUUGCACGCGACUCGCCAUGGGGAUAAUCAGCAGGACGAGUCUCGUGCCGUUUCCAAGCUCUUGCUGAGGAUCUAUCUCAUUGUUUUCUGUCUAAAUCUCGGGACGCAGAUCCUGCAGCCGGCGCAGAUUCAGAUCUAUGAGUCGAUUUACUGCUCGCAAUGGUAUCAGCGGCAUCCCAUUAGUGAGCUUCCCAGCCACAGCCACAUACCCGAAUCGUAUUGCAAAAUCGCACAGGUUCAAACGCAGAUAUCCACUCUCAAGGGGUGGCUGGAGUUCUUCAGCGCGGCACCCGGUCUCCUCUUGAGUAUCCCAAUGGGCAUCCUCGCCGACAAGAUUGGCCGACGACGUUUGAUCAUCCUCAACUUGUCGGUCCUCUGUCUGACGCAGGUCUGGACUACUUUCGUCACCUGGUUUGAUGGCCGAAUCCCGCUUCGUGCUAUUUGGCUGGGGGCCAGUCUCAAUCUGCUUAGUGGUGGCAUGAUUGUCACGGAGCUUCUAUAUGUUUGUCUUCUGACCGACAUCAGCCCUAGCGAUCAAGUAGCCGAGACCUUCUUUCGCACUACCGCCUUCGGCCAGUUUAGUAAGGUGCUUGGACCCUCCAUGGCGGCGGCCUUGAUGCGUCUUGACCCAUGGCUGGCUGUCUACUGUGGACUUGCCUUCCUGGUCAUUCCCGUCAUUCUUGCCGCAGCUGUCCCUGAAACAUUGCAUUGGCGCACAAAGCCUCGAGACGGCCCAGUCGAAAUCCACGAGCAUCAAGUGGACCGAGAUUCAAACCCAGCCGUCCAGAAACCAAGGUUCCUGGCUUUACGACACCUUAUGAAAGUCUGGAGCGACUGGCGCCUGGUCUUUGUUGCUUUGACUUAUCCGUUCCGGCUGGUAUGCUAUGCCUUGGGUGAUAUGCUUCAGCGAUACAUCUCCGACCGCUACGGCUGGACGCUCGCCGAUGCCACCCUGAUCUACUCGGUUCAAGCGGUUGCCGCCGGCCUGGUGCUCUUCACCGCGUUGCCCUUCAUAUCCGGUCACAUCGAUCGGAGAUACAGGUUCAGCGUCAUCCAAAAGAAUGUGGUCCUGGCCCGAGCUGCACUUCUGGUCAUGUCCAUGGCAUAUGCUCUGAUAGGACUGGCACCGACUGUACUCCUCACAUUUGUUGGGCUCUUGAUCGAAACAUUAUCGACCGGGUUCCCCUCGACGUUGCGAGCAAUCGCGACAGCACUCGUAGGAGAUGAUGAUAGGGGUAGGGUAUUUUCAGUACUGGCCAUUGCAGAGACGCUCAGCAUUAUGAUGGCCUAUCCUCUAACGGCAGCAUUGUUCAAUGUAGGGAUUGAGAAGGGAGGAGGGCCGUGGCUUGGUCUACCGUACGAUGUCAUUUCGGUUGCUGCUGCUGUGGGCUUCAUAGCGAUGUGCCUCGUUCGCUUUGAGAGGCCGGUCGAGUUAUGA